AUGGAGAAAGACAAGAGCCCCAAUCACCAGCUUCAAGAACUUGAGAUUGUCAUAACCCAAGACCCAAAAGAAGAAGGGAAGACAAUGAAAGUGAAGGUGAGAGAGGAGGAUAAGUGGCCUUUUCUCUUGAGAGUACAUGUUGGUCACUUUAGAAUAAGCCUCUCUCUGUGUAGCCAAGCCCUUUUGUUGAAACAAAUGAAACAUUAUUAUCCUUCUUCUCACUUCCUCUCUCUCCUCCCUUCCUUUGCCUUCACCCUUCACUGGGCCUUGGCCUCAGUCUCGCUUCUCUCUCUCUCCCUCCUCUACCUGUGCAGGUGUGCUCGACACUGGGCUGCGGUUCAAGCAGAAUUUAGCAGUCGCUUACGUGUUAACUACCUUUUUGCCCCAUCGAUCUCAUCCAUGCUUUUGCUCCAAUCAUUUCCUUUCUCCUCACGUGAGCUCCGUAGCCCCUUUCAUAGGGUCUGGUUUUGGGCCUCCAUAGCACCCGUGAUUGCUUUGGACCUGAGGAUAUAUGGGCAAUGGUUUACUCGGGGGAAAAGGUUCAACCUUGCUGCUGUAGCUAACCCGUCGGCCCACCUUUCGGUGAUUGCAAACUUUGUUGGUGCAAAGACUGCGGUUGAGUUAGGGAGAGAGGAGGUGGCUCUAUUGUUGUUCUCGGUUGGCACGGCUCACUAUUUGGUGCUCUUUGUUACUCUCUAUCAGAGAAUCGAUGGUUGCGGCAUUCCCCGAACACUAUAUCCUGUGUUUUUCCUUUAUGUGGCGGCACCCAGCGCUGCUAGUCUCGGAUGGGGAGCUAUUUCCGGUGCCUUCGAUAUUGCUUCCAAGAUGUUCUUCUUUCUUGCUCUCUUUCUCUUCACUUCAUUGGCAGUGAGACCCAAUUUCUUCAGGAAAGCAAUGGGGAGCUUCCAUGUGUCCUGGUGGGCCUAUCCCUUUUCUCUCACUAUGUUAGCAUUGGCUUCCAUUGAAUACGCGGAAGGCAGCACGGCACACGUGCUGAAGCUGUUACUAUGCAUCACCUCCAUACUAGUAACAACAGCAAUGGUGGCCCUCACCGCUUUCAACAUGAAUUCGCUUUUACCCAACGAUAUCAUCCUCUUCCCAAACAACCUAACCCCACCUCUCUCUCCCUCUGAUAUCAUAUUUCAACGGGAAAAGGAAAGAAAGCGCUCGACUGCUGCGGACACCCAUGCAGUGUCUUUAGAUAGUGGGUGUAUUCGGAGGCGAAAGGGUGACAAGCUUCAUGUGGUGUCAGAAUCAGGAGGGGUAGUUCCUGAGUCUAAGGCGGCUCGUGUGGAGACUGAGGAGGAUGAAAGCUCUAAAGCAACUGCUCCAGAUAAGGGCUCAGAUGUCAAUGUGGCCUCCAUGCAUGCGGAGUUUAGUGCCUUGACCGAGGCAGGGGCUAUGGCUGGAGGAGAAGAGCCUGAAGUUGAUGAUGCGCCCGAGCACCAAGAGAUUGCUACUCCCGUGGCCCCAAGUCAUGACGAUGAGGGGACUGAGCUCUUUGUGGCUAAGUGCAAGAAGUAUGCCUAUGCGAAUGACUCGGCCUUUGAGCAGCUAUCUGUAGUGUUUGGUCCGCACAGGAUUAAGAAGGAAAAAGGAUCAUGCCGGGGAAGAAGUCCAACAAAGUUGACAACGGAGGAAGGGGCCUGA